CUCAAAUUUAUCUCGAUAACUAGCAUCCUAUUGGAACGCAGACGGACGUAUGACGAUGACAUUGUCUUUUCUCAAGCCAAGGAUUCUAAGUUGUGUUCUUGAAACAAGGCCAGAGGGAAACCUUUGAAGCUUCAAGUAAGUCGAGAAAGUUGUGGCAAAACGUGAGCGAGAAAUAGUCUGAAAAAUUGUUGAACAAACAUGAAAGUCAAAUGCAACGGAAAUGGAUUACUGCCAGGCUUCUAUUUUUUUCAUGCAGAUCAAUAUUGUCGAUCAUGAAGGUACUAGAUGGUUGUCCACACAAAUGGCGUUGUUUUCCCAAAAAUCGGCUCAACGUGUGAUUGACGUUAGGCCGGGUUGUCUUUUCCCAACUCCUGUAUUCACCAUGCUUUUUCAUGUGUAAAGUUAUGACUUGUUGUACUACGAUGUUGCUCAGUAAGAAUCCCCGAAUGUUGUGCUUAGUUGUAGUACAGAGGAGGGGUGUCCCAUCUGUCUCUGUUAUAACUACAUGCCCAGAAAGCGUGCCCAGCAAGGGCCCGCCACACUGGGCAUAGGUUAGAAGCAACGAGACAGAUAAGACAAACGAAGCAACAAGCCAUCAAGUCACCAAGCUAGCGACGCGCGGUCGGCUUAGAAUGAACCAGCGUGGACGCUGGCCAUGGCUAGGCCAGGAGGCUGGCUAUGGCUACGCUAGCAAGCUGGAGGGGCUAUGGUUAAGCUAGCAGGCUAGUUAAUAUUGCGAAGCUGCUAGGUAGCAAGUUGGUCAUGACUAGGCUAACAGGCUGUCUAUGGCUAAGCUAGCAAGGCGGCGGGCUUGCGUGCUAAUAUGGCUAAGCUAGGAAGCUAGCUAUGGCCAAGCAGCUAGCAAGCUAGCUAGGCCCAAGCAGCUAGCAGGCUAGCGAUGGCUAAGCAGCUAGCAAGCUAGCAACGGCUAACCUAGCAAACUAGCCACGGCUAACCUAGCAAACUAGCUACGCUAAGCUAGCAGGCUAGCUAUCCUAUUUCUAAGCUAGCAAGCUAGCUAUGGCUCAGCAGUUAGCAAGCUCGCCAUGGCUAAGCUAGCAAGGAAGGCCCUUAAGCUGUGGCUCUUAAGGAAGUGUCUGAUUUUUGCGCAAUUUUAUUUCAAGGGCCCCCUUAAAGAGCUCCCUUAAGGGCCACUUUUUGCCCUUAAGGGAGGCUUAUAAUUGAUUUCUGUAAUAGGAACUCCUUAAGGGUGGAUGUCAUUUCCUUAAGGAAGCUUCUUAAGGCGGCCUCCUUAAGGAGAGAUCUUGGCCUUAAAAAGUUGCUUACACUAUAAAUACUAAUAUAAGUAGUGAGCUUGCUCAGUCGCGUGUUCUUGAUGAUCUCUUUUCUUUUAUGAUAAGAGCAUGGACGUCGAGGUUCUUCUUCGACCUUUUUCCAGCAGCUCUCUUGUAUUGGAGCACGACGUCGAACUCGAAAGAGCGUCAUCAUCGUAGCUGAUUUAGGCGGGGGCCGCAAGAUGCGGAAGGUCCUUUUCGUCGUCGUGUCAGCGUGCUUUACUGCGUGGCCGGUCCGCGCCGGCUUUCGGAAGCACGGAGAUGGCCGCUGUACCUACAAUCAGGAGCUCGUCACCGGUAUAAAGACGAAUUUUGAAGGCUUCGACCAUGCGGUGGCUUUCAAGCUCUGUCGAGACUACUGUGCUGGAGCUGGAACCAGCUGUUGGGGGUACCAAGUCAUUUUUCCAUUUUUGUAACAUCGUUAGCGUUACAACAGAUCGUGCGAGUUCUUAAAGGGAGGAGCAUUUAUCAUUAUAUAUACUCAUUGUGAUAUUUAGCCAGUUGAUAUUGUUCAUGUAGACAUCUUUGAAUUUACAUGAAUGAUAUUGAAGGAAAAGAAACGUGGAUCGAGUCAACAAUGGAAUAAUUACAUUCCAACCGGAAUUAUUACAACAUUAACUAACUCUAACUUCGUAAAUAAGUAGCUAGGUAUAGAUACUACUGUGUGCUAGUACAACGAGGGAGGUUUAGCUGAUUUACCUGUUCCUAACCAUGCUCAUCGAUUCUGAUCUUGGUUCUUGAAAAUGAAUACAGUGAUGACGUUCUUGAAAAUGAAUCGCCUUACCUAGGAUAACGUGGUCGCAAUGUCGCCUCUCGUGCGUGCUGCAUGGUAUGCCUCAGCUAUUGUACAAUCCGCCGGCAGGCAGUGUGGCGGUGGGGGAGUCGGCGCUUGGCAGUUCGUGUCCGAUUGAGCCACUGACGCCACAGCCGACGAUGUUUAAACCGAUAGGCGGCGUUUCUAUCGGGGAGGAGCCGCCAACCGUGAUGAAUAGUGACGUUACGCAUCCUCUAACUAGUCCGACAGAAGUAGAUGUGUCGUCUUCGCUACUCGCAACAUUAGUUAAUGUACCUCUUGCUAGGCGAAUUCAUUCAUUCAUAUCUCCCGAUAGGAAAUGUUAAUGAAUUAACGCAUUCAUGAUGCAGACGCUUUCGUAGCCGUCGCUUCUGGUGUUAGGUAACAUUCGAUCACUCGUUCACUCUUCACAAGACUAGCUGAUGGUACAGCAUCUGGAACGCUCUAAUCUCGGGUUUUGUGAUGCUGUCUGCAUUGUCCACACCAUGGAGUGCUUCGUCGGUCCAAACAAUGACCAUAAUGUCUUCGUAACAACGAGUACUGCCGAACCCCUGAAGUUAUGUCUUUCUCCUAGCUUCUAGAGAAUGUAAUGCGGAAGAGCACAACAAAUCGUUAUUUCACAUGACGCUUCAAAGAGAAGCAUCAUAGAGGACUGGCACAUCAUGUGUGCUGGCCAAUUCUUGAUUUCAUCAAGACGUAUUUUCGGACAUUCUGUGCCCAGAACUAGUGCCCGAUAACUACCAGAUUCAUAUUACACGGCUUUCAGAUGAUGACUGCGUUACACGACUAUACUCGAGGAAUCUAAUUUCUGGGGACAUUGAUGAACCUUACCUCUGGUUUCUUUUGUAAUUUCUGGACUGUUCCCAUAAAUAGGGAUUGGUACUUCGCUGACUCCCGCACACGCUCUAACUUUUCUAUUGGUGGCGCCGAAUACACGCGUACAGCCAGGACGAUACACAACAGGCCAGUGCCCUACAGGUUAUCAGGGCGAUGUGGAUCUACUUUGUCAGUUGGGAAACUUGGUACUGCCUCCAGGCGUGACGAAGCAGAUGAAGUGUAACUCAGACUGUCCGCAAGGCACUGUGCAGGCACUCGAAAGCAAGGAAGUGGUACUAGCUGCAAGAAUGUAGCGAUUAUAAAUCUACUUACUACAUCAGCUGCAAGAAUGUAGGCAUUAGAAAUCUGCUCAGUACACAUCUUAGUAUGAAUCGACGAUUCAUCAAGAUCUCCAACAUCAACGCUAGCAAAAUUGUGUUUGUGAUACAAUGCCUUCUGAAGCUUCAGCGCCCUUUAAGGGCUUCGAGUUUCAUCAUCAAAUAAGGAGGUUUCCAAUCCUAGGUUAAAGAACUGAGGAUAUCAUGGUUUGAUCUACAAGCACAACAUUGUUUGAUCCACAAUAAAAACCAAAGGUUGUCGUGCCACCAAUGCAGCAUGGUACAACGCAAGAUGUGCCAUGUCCUCCCGGUUUUGGGGGUCCGCUGCGCAUCCGUUGCUUCAACGGGGAGUACUUUUAUACUGAGCAGAAGUGCGGUAACGAUUGCCGCGCCGGGAACCUGCAGCAAAACGGGGCGCUGUUGAGUUACAGCGCCAUGCCGCACCGCAGUAUCCAGGACGUGGUUUGCGUGGAGCCCUAUCUGGGCACGAUCCGCCUGCAGUGCCAGGAUGCCGUGAUUCAGGUACUCAGCGGCAACUGCUUGCUGGGGUGUCCGGUUGGAACCCCCGAUGCGGAGGGCAUCGUGAUUCCAAACUCGCUGCCGCGCGUGCUGCACCCGACCGGGAUUCGGUACAGCUACAUCGCAGACCGCGAACAGAUGCAAACGCUGGACUACUCCGUGACGGUGGCCAUGGCCCACGACGAGCGACGCGUGGCGAACUGUCCAGGGCAGUACGUGGGGACCUUCACCAUGCACUGCUACCACGGCGAGAUCGCCAUCACAACGCUGGGCGUACCUUGCGCCUCCAACUGCAACGACUUGCGCCCUUUCCAGGCGGGCCAGUUCCUAAAGGCGUUUCCCAGCGGCCCCAGCUACAACGGCACCGUGUCCCGCUUUCCCUGCGAAGAGACCAACACCAUGGUGCGGGCCGAGUGCCGCAUGGGAAGAUUUGUGGCCGUGGAUCAGUGUUUCCGGAACUGCCUUCCGCAGGCGGUUUACUACGAAGGGAUGCGGCUCAACGUUACCAACGUGACGCAGCACGGGGAGGCCCUGUUCCGCGAGUGCGAGCCGGGCUUCUCGGGACGCAUCGACAUGCUGUGCGACGACGGGUGGGCCUACGUCACGCGGUACGAGUGCGGUCAGGACUGUCCAGGUAGUUCCAUUUCAGUCGGUUCUGUGACCGUGUCCUUUGGUCCGCAGAGGCACCAGUCGCAGUUCGUCGCACCGUGCCCAGCGGGCAUGCUUGGCGCGGUGAAUAUGCGCUGCGAGGACGGAUCGCCGCAGUACGUCAGUGGGCGCUGUGAGGCGACCACAACGACGACCACCACCACAACGAGGCUCCUGGCGUGCCACAACGUCACUGUUUCAAUGGCCUAUAACGCAGCGCAAUACGAGCGGGCUGGAAAUCGCUCAGGCCACGCGCUGGCUGCAGACAUUUCGUAUCUCCCACACGGGGAGACAAUGGAGGUGACCUGCCCCCCUGGGUUUGGCACUGACGCGUUCGGAACACGAAAGAUAGAACUCUUCUGUUAAGGCUAUACUUUUUCAACAUUUGAUCUAAGAUGUGAUUGUCACUCACAAGCUGCUUAAUGAUUUUUUUUUUGAGUCAGUAGUACGCGUACGCUUGUUUCAUAGAUUUAGCAAAGUUAUUAUGGUAUCCUCUCGAUUAUCAUGUUCACGUAGGGUACAUUCCAAGAGAGAGUGUGAAUCAGACGUGUCGUGUCUAACUUUGCGACGCUUUGGGAGAAGUUAAUAUGACAGAUCUGCAGAGGGCUAUCUUAAGUGGCGCGGGAGGUGGAGUCGCGAGACCCAUCUUCACCAACGUUUCUCUGAAUCUCUCCUUUCCUGGUAGCUCCCUCGCUGAGUACCAAACCUAUGUGGGCGGCGAAGAUUACCAACGCGCGCUCGAGUUAGAAAAGCUUGAGUUGGAUACCGCAGGCACCUCCAGGACGGCUCGGUUACUGAGCUCCGCCUCUCAGUUUGACGGUGAAGCGUUGACGGGAUCGGUCAUGCAGCGUUUCGCGAGUCAGCAACUGGAGAACUCUUAUUGGCCGUCAGGCAUAGUCGACUUGGAGAGUUCGCAAGACCAGAACAGUGUUGGGGAGCUCUCUACGGUGGCUCCCCGUCGUGAGCUUCACCACCCUCCCCUGCCGGUAGGGCAGACGCUGCCACCGUACGAGCAGACGCGGCACGACAUGGGGCCGGGCAUCCUGUCGCUGGACCCUGUGGCAAAUUAUACCGCUCUGCGCGGGCGCUUUCGUUACUACCGCGUUGCCGACAUGCUGAAUGUAACCAGCGCAACCGCGCCUCCGUAUCCGUACGAGAUGGCGAAGCGGUACGGCGAGCAGCCCUACGACAAGGUGUUCAGCUUCGAUGAAAACGGAACUGCCACCGAGAUCCCGCAGCCGGGGCGCUCCUCGGUACACCACUACGCGAUCGACGCAAGCUCGCCGCCCUACGCUGGGCUUCCUCGGUUGAUCAUUGUUUCUCGCGUGACCAGCUGCGGCCAGAGUUGCUACCCGCCGCUGGAUUUCGAGCAUGUGGACUUGCGGUACGCUUCUGGGUCCUUCACGUACAGCUUCAAUACGAUCGUGAAGCAUGGCGACGAGGUGGAGUUCGAGUGCGACAGCGGCAACAAAGUGCGCUUUGCGUGCUGGGACGGCAUGUUCUCGAAGCUCGACAACACGGAGAUCUGCGGUGCCCAGUGCACUGUUGAUAAGGUGGAGCAAAUGUGGGAGCUAGCGGGACUCACGGAACGUCUUGACUACAAUACCACGCUGAGCAUCAUGUUUGAAUUUGCGACCACAACUACUACGACACCGGAACCGACCACGGAACCGCCUCCGCUGCUCUUGGGAAUGACACGCCCGCCCAUGAUUACAAGCGACGUCGAGACCACGACACCCGACCCAUUAAUGGUCACGCCUCACUUCGACUUCUAUUUACGCUGACACCUAGUUUUGUGUUUCAAAAACUCGGUUUCGUUCUCUUCAGAAGCACGUCUUGGUUAGUAGGUAUCUCUUACAAGAAGACAAUUACACGUAAAUGUAGACUAGUGUGAGGUACUCUGAAGCGUGACUUCAGAAAGUUUCGCAAAUGUGAUGUCCUUCUUCUAGGUAUGACAGAGAUUAAGUCUAAAUAGGCAUGUCGGUUGUUCAAUCAACGUUUAUUUGAUUGUAGUAAGUAGUCGUCGUAGGUCUGAAAGCGCUAAUCUGUUCUGCGCAGAACUUCACGCCCUUUACGCUGCAGCACAUGGAGACGCGCGUAGCCAGCUGCUGGAACAACUACAGUACGACAGAUUUUUUUUCAGAGAACCCUUUGCUGCUCUGCUACAACGGCAACGUCACUUUCGGGACGCCGGACUUCGCGGUGGGGCCGUCCGGCAAUGUCUUGGCCGCCGACUCGCCGUUGCGCCAGAGUUCGGCUUUCACCUUUAAGCAGGUGGAGGCCUUGCGGGACAGUGUCCCGUGUGGGCGUAACUGUCCGCAGGACGGUUUUCGCUUUCAGAUUGGACGUGCGGACCCAAACUACGUCGGCUUCCAGCGCAACACGUUCACGGACAAAUUCGUGCAUCUCUCGGACCUGAAGAACAACGAGGUUUUCCUCGAGUUUUUCUGGGGAAACCAGCCAACGGCGGCGACCACGCUGGAGGACCACGAGUGGGAUCCAGACGACGACGGAAUGGAAGGGUACUACGACCGAAGGGGUUAUGUGCAGCCAGACUACGAGGGACUGGCCGGCAGCGCGGGCAGCAGUCAGCAAAGUGGCGCAUUGCGGUCUCUAGUGGAGAACUACGGGGAGGACGACGCGGCCAUGGUCGAGCGCGAGAACCAGCGCCUUUUGGGGGAAGCCGUGCGACGAAGACGAAGAACGGACGCCGGCGACGAUCAUGGCAAAAGCACGAGCAGGGAUGGAAGCGAGGCCGUGAAAGAGAAGACUCGUUUCUACGACCGCCGUGGCGUAAUCGACCUGGAAGAUCAAAGCGUGCGCGCUGGGAAGACGGCAUCCUUUUCAGGGAGACCCUCUGCACAAAAGGCGCGAGCAGUACAUCGCCGAGAUGGUUCCAGGGGAGCAGGGCGGAGGGAUCAGUCACGUGCUGACGUGGAGGUGACGACGAGCAGCAGCGAAUCCGAGAAUAUCCGCGAUCUGCAAGAGUUCGAUCCAGUGUUCGGGUACUAUAGACCCGUUCGCAUGCCAGGAUUCGAUUGGAACGACGUGGAGUUCGAACGCGAGCCGACGUUUGCGUUGAUGCGGCACGGAUCCACUUUUGAGCAGCGUUGCGAAGAUAUUUUGGGCCGAAUUUCACCGGUUGGCAACGUCAAACUCUUCAUGGGCACCGUGCAGUGGAGCUGCUUUGAUGGCCAAGUGGCCGUUGUUGCGACGUGCAAGCGGCGUUGCAUGGAGGUGGGUUACCGGAAAAUUUUCCCCGGCGGUGAAAAAACGGAGAUUCAGAGUGACGCUACGAAGUACUACGACCACGACGCCAUCAUUCACACCCCCUGCGUCGAGACGAAUCCUUACGCGCGUGGAGGCGGCAUCGAUCGUCAGUGUGUGGACGGCUCGCUCGUUCUACUAAAGGAAGAGUGCAACAUUGACUGUAGGCCUUUCUCCUACCGCGGGCCUGGACUAACAGUAACCACACCAAGGACAAUUGCACAUGGGACUACCGACAACGUGUUCGACUGUCCUCCGUACAACGCAACAGGUAUUAACAGCGCGUACAAAUCUCUUCCAAGUAAAGUAGCCCAAAGUGACAAGGCUUUAGUAGUUCACUUAUUUAUUCGCGAUCGCUCGUAAUAUUCCUAGAUUUACUCUGAUAUGAUCAGUCUGCUUCUUAUUGAGAGAGUACUAUUGGAUGGAACAAGCGCUUUUUUCAAAAAUUGAAUGUAUUAGGUACAUACCGAGUGGAGUGCUCGGAUGGUAUCUUCAAAGUCCCAAUGGUUGAUUGGGGCUGCCAGUUGCAUUGCCUGCCAACGCCGUCCGACCACGGCGGCGAAUACCGACAUGGCUUUAUCUAUCAUGACACUUUUCAUCGCGGAUACUGCAAUGAUAGCAGUGUGAUCUCCGUUGGCUGCUUCAAUGGUCGUACAUCCAUCGUUGCGGGAGACUGCGGCUCGCCGUGCCCGAGCGGAGAGAUCCAGCUUGACCCCGAGCGUCCACUAGACCCGAAGGCCGUGUUCUCGACGUUCAACCACAUGCAAACGCUGGAGGUGAACUGCACCGGUGGGAGCCGGGGGAGCGCGGAGCUCUUCUGCAUGGAUUCUCAGGUCACCAAGCAGAAUGUGGACUGCAAUUAGGGCCUCUUGUAAUACUCCAAUGCGGCUAGAAUCUAGUUCUAAUAAAGCUUGGUAGCUUUCCUGAAAAUAGCGAAAAGCACAACAAGAUGAACCCACAAGAUAAGAUCCUAUUGUUUUUAGAAGUACAGAGGGAACAAGUGAAAGAACCCUUCUACUUCCACCACUAUUGUCGCAUAGGAUCGAUGCUUAUGUCAAAGGAAAAAGCACUUCUCCUACUUCCAGGACUACUUCAGAGACUUCGUAAGCUAAUAGGUGUAAUUGUUCAUAAAAAGUGAAAGCUCAAAAUGAAUUACUUCUGCUUUCAGAGAGAUCUAAUGCAAGGCGGACUGCCCCGUGGAAUACGCAUUGGAGACUAGCUCGUUCGUAGAUCUGGCGAUCCAGGCAGACUUUGACCCGCGAAACUACGGCAAACUGGCUACAGGCCAAGCGCUGCUGCCGGGAUCUCUCUCGCGCUACCGCUGUGCGGGUGGCGAGGCGCUCGUUCGUUGUGAGACUUCAGGCUUCCCCGUGGUAGAAGGCGUCUACGCGCUUCCCUGCGAUAUUCCCAUACGUCUCUGCGGAUGCUGCGCGACGGUGGCGCAGUUGCCAGUCUCGGCUGCGCGUUCCCGGUGGCCGUCACUAGGAUCUGGUAUGCUUCUCUUGGGUCUAUUGCCGUUUUUGCUCUCGUUUUCUGGCCAUAAUGGUGUUGGCGUGGGCAGAAAGCGCUAGUUUUACCGAGAAAUGAGUAAGUAGUCAAUCCAGAGGCGUGCGUUUGAAAGGUCUUCCUGAUGCACGACCACAAGAAUCUUUCGGAGCUACUUUGCGCGGCAAGAGAAAACCGAGCCUCUACCUUUCUGCGGUGCGAGAGCGAGCGGCAUUGGCACUAGCGGCGCUCCGCCUCGCGUGCCCGCGAGCGGCGCGAGCUUGUUCUCUAACGCGGCGUGCGUGUGUUUGUGGGUAUUUAGGCAGCAUGCUGCGGAGAGUAUGCAGAUGGCGGCGCCGAUGACGCGGAGACCUGCGGCUUUGGUUCGGUCGCCCCACUCAUCUCGGGUCUUUGAGUUCAGCACGGUGCUCAAGGAAAUGCAUCCCACACAGAGGUGCAGCAUCCGCAAAGGAGUGCCACGAAUAUGCGGCACUGGUAGAGGGACCUGGAGAUCAUGCCAUACAGAUUAUCGUGACUCUGCAUCCCCUGUAUGCUUCCCUCUAAAUACUUGGAUUUAGUGGCUAGGUACACUAACUGGUAUUGGAGGACCUUCGUCCGCGGGCAACUCGGCUGCGAAUGCUUGUUGCAUAAGUUCAAGUUCUUGAGUUCGUUUCUAACAAGAAAGCGCCACUUGUCUAAGUAAUUGCUUCGGAAAGUAUUUACAUUUAUACAUGUUCUUGAUCCGCCGUCUUUUGGUAAUUUGUGAAACGAUUAGUCAUCUUGUCCUUGUACUUGUUGCUGGUUCAUUUCUUGUCCUUGAUUCAUGUACAGAAGCCAUACAACUGAGAAGAUUUUUGAGAUCCUGAACUUUUUAGUAGCAUUCAUUGCACAGAGUAGACCUAGACGUCAUUGCGGUGCUUAGUCUUAGGAAUUGCAUAGCUUGGAAGUCUAGAUAUCCAUGAGGCGCAAUUAAAUUCAGCAGCUUG